ACUAUUUUACAUUGGGCGGAGGGAGGGAGGAAGGGGGCUCGGUCCGGUCGCUCCGGGAGCGGCACCGGCGGCGGGCCCGGGCCGGGGAUGCUACGGGCGCUGCCCCCGCCGGGACGGCGCUGAGGCGCCGCUGCCCCCGCCGGGACGGCGCAGCGUAAACAUGUCCACAAGUCAAAGAAGGAAUCUAGCAAGUUCAUGUUGAGGUAUAUUCUCAAGACAAGACACAGUGACUCAUUUGCUUUUCUGGAUAACAUAAUCCAUGGAUAAAGUGGGAAAGAUGUGGAACAAUUUCAAAUACAGGUGCCAGAACCUCUUUAGUCAUGAGGGUGGAAGCCAAAAUGAGAGUAUAGUUGUGAACUCCAAUAAUUGCUCGUCUGGUAAAGAGAAAGCCAUCCAGAUAACUGACUUGACUCAACAACAGCCCAGCAGCCCUUUGAGAGAAAACAUUGCUUUGCAAUUAGGCUUAAGUCCUUCAAAGAAUUCAGCAAGGCGGAACCAAAACUGUGUCACAGAAAUUCCUCAGAUUGUUGAAAUAAGCAUUGAGAAAGAGAAUGACUCAUGUGUCACCACAGGAACCAGGCUUGCUCGAAGGGACUCUUAUUCUCGGCACGCUCCUUGGGGUGGGAAGAAGAAGCAUUCCUGCUCUACCAAAACACAGAGCUCCUUGGAUACUGAAAAAAGAUUUGGUAGAACACGAAGUGGUUUGCAGAGGAGGGAGAGAAGGUAUGGGGUGAGCUCAGUCCAUGACAUGGACGCAGUAUCCAGCAGGACAGUAGGUAGCCGUUCUCUGCGACAGCGUCUCCAAGAUACUGUUGGGCUGUGUUUUCCCAUGAGAACUUACAGCAAACAGUCCAAACCUCUGUUUUCUAACAAAAGAAAGAUCCAUCUCUCUGAACUAAUGCUGGAGAAAUGCCCUUUUCCUGCAGGCUCAGAUCUGGCCCAGAAGUGGCAUCUGAUUAAACAACACACAGCACCUGUGAGCCCUCAUUCAACUUUCUUUGACACGUUUGACCCUUCCUUGGUUUCCACAGAAGAUGAAGAAGACAGACUCAGAGAGAGACGUAGGCUUAGCAUUGAAGAAGGGGUUGAUCCCCCUCCCAAUGCCCAAAUACACACUUUUGAAGCUACAGCACAGGUAAAUCCAUUGUAUAAACUGGGACCAAAGUUAGCCCCUGGUAUGACUGAGCUGACCGGGGACAAAACCAUAACACCUCCAGGGAACUGUGACUCCGAAGAGGACACAACAACGCUUUGCCUGCAGUCGCGCCGGCAGAAGCAGCGUCAGAUGUCAGGAGAGAGCCAUGGCCAUAUCAGCAGGCAGGGGGCUUGGAAAGUGCACACUCAGAUCGAUUACAUUCACUGCCUCGUGCCAGACUUGCUCCAGAUCACAGGUAACCCGUGUUACUGGGGCGUCAUGGACCGCUACGAAGCAGAAGCACUUCUGGAGGGUAAACCCGAAGGCACUUUCUUGCUCAGGGAUUCUGCGCAGGAGGACUACCUCUUCUCGGUGAGCUUCCGCCGCUACAACCGCUCGCUGCACGCACGCAUUGAGCAGUGGAACCACAACUUCAGCUUUGACGCCCAUGACCCCUGUGUGUUCCACUCCUCCACUGUCACGGGCCUUCUGGAGCACUACAAGGACCCCAGCUCUUGCAUGUUCUUUGAACCAUUGCUCACUGUCUCUCUGAACAGGACCUUCCCCUUUAGCCUGCAGUAUAUCUGCCGGGCGGUAAUCUGCAGGUGCACUACGUACGAUGGAAUUGAUGACCUUCCCCUACCCUCAAUGUUGCAAGACUUUCUAAAGGAGUAUCACUAUAAACAAAAAGUCAGGGUGCGAUGGCUGGAGCGGGAACCUAUAAAAGCAAAGUAAAUGAAAUUCAAAAUAAGCUUCUGGAACAUGCUUUUUUUUGUGUAUUACAGUUUAACUGCAGCAAGCGCACCGAUGACGUCUAGCUUUUCUGCAAUACCCUAUUUAAGCUGAGUGUUAGUAUCCUGUCAGAUGCUGCCUGCUGUUAAUCAAACUAAGUUGUGAUGCCUCUUGGAAACAAUAAGCAGACACAAUUCUGCACGUUUUUCAUUAAGGCCUAAUGACAAUAUUUUUGCUAAUUUCUAAAUAUUUUGUUUCCCUUUUAUAGCUGUAGUAAUUGGAUGAAGAAACUAUGAGGCAUUUCCCAUGGGGCAUUCAUGUAAUGCUAUUAAAGAAAGGUUUUAUCAGAGGGGCAUUUUUGCUAAUAUUUGAAGUAUUUUUUAAAAAUUCUCUUCUUGAAAACUUUCCUCAACUCAAAGUAAUAAUUUAGCUCACAAACAAGUUUCCAAAUACUAGUGAACAUUUUCUUAUAAUGAAGAGCAGUUCAUUAGAAGCGGUCCAUUAAGAGUUAAUGGUGCUUUGAUGCUAACAAAUGAAUCAUGCUUUUCACAGUGUAUAAGGUUUCCUAAUCAUUAAGACUUGAAUAUGUCUGCUCAGUACUGUAAUUCUGUUACAAACACUUGGAGAUUUAAGUGGCAUUGUUAGUAAAAGUAAUACUGUCUGAGACAGUUAAAAAUACCUUCCAGUGUGAAUUGCUGCUUCUGUGGUAGCACACAGAAUUAGAUUAUUGCUGUGAAACAGAAGGUUGUGGGUUUUUUCCAAAACACAUUUUGGUGGCCUGACUGCUAGUAACUUACAAUGGAAGGUAAUAGUGACAAGAAAAAAAAUUCUUAAUUAUUUAAAGUUGUCUGAUAUUUUUAUGGAGAACAUGAAAAAUGAUUGAAUUAUUAUAAUCAGAGUACAAAAUCUGACAUAUCUGAAGCAAAUGUCAGGUUUCAAAGGUACUGGUACACUUUAUUUGUAAAUAUCUUUCUAUCUGUGCUUUUAAAAAUGUUUUAAAGUAAUAUGCACUGAUAAUAGUUUCAACAGAUUACUUAGAAACAAGAUUCUAACUUCUGUUUGCUUAUUUACUUGGAGAUGGAACUUAAAAGUAGUUCUAUCUUAGAUAUUUUGCACUAAAAUUUUGUUGGAAUGCCCUGACCCCUGUUUAAUGUUUUGUACCAAUUCUGAGUGCUCCCUAGUUUCUUUACCAGCUGCUACAGUAUUUUAUUUCUUACUUCUCUACAGCAGUGACCUGUGUGAGGUAGGAAACAUUUUGGCUGCAAGUACAAUAAACGUUAUUCUUGUAUGCUACACUAACCCUUCUAUUGAUGUAUUUUUCUGCUUGCUGUGCCUUGUUCUGGCUUUUUGUGCUAAUAAAGUACAGUAUGUUCAGUGUUAUACUUGUAUAUCUGCUCUGUUUUUAUAUAUUCACGUAACUUGUAGCAGUUAAAUGAAUUUUUAAUAGGCUUUUCUUAGUAUUUAGGAUAGGUAAUGCACAAGUACUGUGCAGUUGAGUAUUAGUUGGUCAACACAUCUUAUUCCUGGUUUUUGUUACAGCAACUUGACAGUGUACACCAUUGAAUAACGUUUCUGUAGUCACUGCAAGGUAGUGGACUUGUCUGCAGGCAUAGAGCAUUUUACAGGUUUUUGUAAUGCAAAGGAAAAAUGUUAAGCAAAAAGUGUUCUAAAACAUUAUUGAUCCCCUGUAAUGGUUGCUGAAGGUGUUUCAGCUUGUUGUAUAGGUAACUGCUAAGGUUAAUAUUUUGAUACUCCCCACUGAGGAAUGCUUAUUCCUGUAAACUGACAGUACAGCAGUGGCAUUUGUUCACUUUUAGGCUAUUUUGAUAAAUAGAUGUACACACAAGCUGGCCAAAUGUCCUGUUUUUACCAAAGAAUACUGUCAAUUUAUGUUGGGGUAUUUUUUUAGUUAAAAAAAAAAACAAACUUGAGUGGAGAGGUGCAAUUUUUGUUCUAUCAAAUAUUUAUCCCAAGCUAUAAUAAACCAAAGUAUUUGACAACUUCAUCUGAACCUAAGUAGUGUAUACAUUUAUGUUGGUAGAGCCUAAAGCUUUUGCAUCAAUGGUGUUGUCAUUAUUCCUGAACUCACAAUGCACCUGAAGGGGAGUGAUUUAAAUAAUUUUGUAAUGACUGGAACAGCACUACAUAAUAGCUCGUACUGCGAGGGGUUAAUCUGAAGCACCCAGAAAGCACUUUAAAACAUGUGUUUAUAUACUUGUGGAAAGUUUGUGAUCCCGUUAUGCAUUCUUUGUAGUAGAUUAUCUUCUUUUAUGUGUUAAAAGACUUCAACUGUUAAAAUGGAACUUUGUUUAGAAUAUGUAAAUACUAAGUUUAUGUAAUUAUGUGUACAACUGUGCUCUUGGUCUCUUAAGUUUUGAAUUGUGUAUGUGUCAUUGGAUAUGCAACUCUUGGUUUAAAAUCUGCUCUAAGCAUAAAAAGAGGAAAAAGUCACCAGCAUGAAAUUGCACCUAAGUGUACCUUCACUGUGUCGUUCUCACUGUUCCCUCAGUCGGAUCUGAAUGCCAGAUGAGUUUACUUAAAUUCUUGCUUUCAAUAUUAGUGUCAUACAGUCAGCCUGCAGCCAAGCUUUGUCCCGGUGUAGGGACCUGUUUUUCAUUUACACUCGUUGCAGUUGCUUGUCAUGAACUAGCUGUGACAUUGUCAAUGUGGUCAGGAAUACACAUUCAUCUAAUUUUUAAUCACGUGGUGGAAUCUUUGGGAAAAAAAAAAUAAAAACCCCAACCCUUAUCUCAGAAAGUUUGUUCUUGCAUUUGUAUAAACAAUCUUUAUUGAGAGAUUUGCUCCCUGAAACACAGAAAAAAAGGAAUUAUCUAUUUCUCUACAACUUUUUUAAAGCUCUGCUUCACUGAAAUACACAGAAUAAUUUGCUAGUGUGGUUAUGCUAAAAUGAACCACUUUUUAAAUUUUGGUGGACUUGAGUGUUGACUAUUCCAGUUGCAGUGUAUUUCUUAAUGAAUACAUUUUCAGUUCUAAAGGCAUUGAAAUGCUAGUAGGUGGAGAAUGCAAAUAGUUGAUUUCUCAUUUGUGUUUCUCAUUCUGGUUUCAUUUAGAAAACCUUUUACAUGUCUUAAGGAGGUGCACAAACCACAGCUUUUUUUUUUAAUUUAAAAGUAGGAUUCAAUGUAAAAAGGUACUCUUGUAUUGUUCCAAUAUAAUUUGGUUACAUGACAGAUGAGUUUUUGAGCCUCAGACUUGUCAAGUGUUUUUUUGAGGUGAUUCUUGUUUGAGCAGAAAGAGCUAUAGGAAGUGCUUACUCUGUAGGAGGGUUUUGUAAGGAAUCUUACCAAAGGUAUUUUAUGUCCCUGUGGAAUUGGAGAAAGGAAAAUAUACUAUAUUUUGAGUAUCCAGGAAGGGUCUAUGAGUUUAGGAUCUCUUAGCAGUUUCAUCAGGUCUGUGGUGUUUAUCAUUUUAAAUGCAUAACUCUUGAAAAUACUUGUAAGGCAAGUAGACUUGUCCAUAUAAUUGUCAGAAUGGAACUUGUGAAGAAAAUAAUUUGCUAAUUAAUGUUUUGCAUUUAUGUACUUUUAAAUUUUAUUUGCAUUUGAAGACUUGCUGCUUACAAAGUUAUAGUCGUUAAAUCAGAAGUUGUGAAAAGAGAAAAGAUGUGUCUGUUCAUCUGUAGUGUUUGACAAUACGAAGUCAAGACUUACAAAUGUCACUCAAAUCCUUAAGUCCAUAUUUAAUUUAAGGUUUGGCACUACUUAGAAACAAGCAAGGAUUCUGAAUUUCUGUAGUGAAAAACCUGUUUGCUCCAGUCUCCAUGUGUGAGCCAAAAUAUUUGCAGAAUGCUUUAAAGCUUUUCUCUGCUGCAGAAUUGCAUGUAAGACAGAAGUUGACAUUGUCAGAAGUUGCUGAGUACUAGAGAGAUAUAUCUGCAGGCAUCAUGGUUUUGGGUUUUUUUUUCCAAAGUCAUCGUGAAAGACAGUAUUUAAUGGAAAAAAUAUGAACUGAAUCUUAGUUGAUUCUUUUCUAAAAUAGCAUUUCUCCAUUUAAAACAUUUAAAGCUUACAUUUAAAAUUAUGAAAGGAUUUUUUGAGCCUCAUGUUCUGAAAGUUUUGUUGUGAAGUGAGCACGUAUGUGCCAAACCUUAGUCUGCAAGUAUCUGGCACAUGUAUAUUUAUAUGUUAAUAAGAUGCCUCCAAGCAUGUUUACAUUCAUGGUCUUUUUUGAAGCUACUGAAGUGCACCAAUAUGGUGAGCAUUAAUAUAUUGGAAUUCUAAAAAUUCUGUCUGUUUUCUGUGUAUGGCAUGCUUUGCAAUUAAAAGGACUAUUUUAUUUGUAUCUUCACCUGCACUUAUAUAUUAUGACCAGUUGAUUGGUGUGGUUUUUCCUGCUGUCGUCACACUUACCUAAACAGUUGUCUCUGGACUGUGACCAAAAGAGAUUUUUCUUACCUGUUUAUUUUUUAAGUAGAAAUCAAAUCAGUUGGCUUUUAAAGUAUUAAUUCCUAUGGAGCAUGGUGUAACACUGCUAAUUGCUCUUUUCCUUUUUGCAGUACUGAUGUACAGAGAAUCAUUUAGCUUGACCAUGAGUUGUAUCUGUUGAAUGUAGUUGACUUCAAAUGUCUGAAUUUUAAGCAUUUUUUAAAAGUUGAAAAUGCUCCUGAUGAGGACUUUGAAAAGAAAAAGGGUUGAUGUUUUUAUGUCAAAAUACCUAAAGUGAAUGUUUUGCAUUGAGAUAAGGAUCUUUUGAAGAUGCUUUUUAGAAGUUUUCUCUGUCACUGUCUUAAAUCAAAACUCUUUUAAAAAGAAAAAUCAAAACCCAAACAAUCUCUUGAUGACUUAAACUGUACAAUCUUUUGAAAACUGAAAAGAAAUCUGGUGCUCUUACUUAAUUUGCUUGCAUAUUGCCAGACUGAUUUAAGAAUAGUUGUUUCAAGAAGCAAAUGAAAUCUGUUAUUUCAAUGAAGCAUUGCCAUUUAUGAUUUUAAAAAAUAAUUCCAUUUACCAAAGUUGUCUAUCAACAGGAUGUUAACCUGAUACUGUAUUUGUUGUUAUCAGGGUAACUAUUGUGUGUAUGCUUUUCGAGCUGAGUAAGUGUUCACUUUGUAAAUUUGCAUUAAGGCUACAGCUGUUACCAGCGAGGUUCCCUAGGGCCAACACAAUGAAUUCAUGAGCUGAAGCUCCUGGUGCUUGACCCUUUUCUGUCUUCAGUAGGAAAAAAAGUGUGUAACUCUGCGCAAUACAGCUCACGUUACAAAUUUCCAUGUUAAGCACACAGCUAUGCUGACAAGCAGGAACAUAUCUGAACUUGCUUGUCUGGAGUAAAGCAACCUCUCUGACUUCUCAGCAGGAGCUGUAACUUGGUGGCACGUUGGCAAAGAGGAAGCAGAAAUAGGUUUUGCUCUUCCCUGAGCAGCUGUUAAACUGAACACGGGGUGUGCUUCCUGUGUGAUAGGGUAUCUGAACUCCUUAGAGCCCUGAGAAUUUUAAUAGCGUUCAGAAGAUACAGAAGCACUUGGCUGCUUUGUCACUUCUUGCUUUCGUACUUGUGGUUUUGCAAAAGCUUGAAGAGAUAUAUUUAUUAAAAUUGAAUCUAUGUAGUCACCGACUGUAUAAGCACUGCUUUGUAAUAUCUUUACAGAGACAUCAAAUUCCUACACAAUUAUAUUUAAACUGUUUUGGGAAAAUGAAUAAUGACACUGUGGGCACAAAUUAAUUCAGAUUGCACUAUAAACUUUCUUACCAGAAGCCUUCAUUCUUACAAAGAACUAUGCGAUCCCUACACAGAAACUGUAGCUUUGGUGGUGGGCUCUUUGGAAGAUGUCCAAAAAAGCAGCAUCCAGACGGUCCCUGGACCUUUUCUGACAUUCCAGUUGAAGGGGCCUGGCAGGCCCGCUGGGCACUCGAGGAGUUGGCUGGCAAGCACGCCGUGCCGAGCGUCACCCGAUGCCAGCACCUUGUAUAACUGUGCUGGUUUAGGUCUCCCCAGCUUAGAUGUUUUUUAACUCAAUGCAGCUUAAAUGUUUCUCCACCCUGCCUAAUUUGUCUUUGUUAUUUGGUUGCCAAACUGUCUUGCAUCUUAAUAGAGUAAGAAAAUAAUGUGAUUUAUGGCUACCCAACCAGUGUAUUAAGUAAUAGAUGGCUCUGUCUUAAUAAACGGGGUAUAAACUG